AUGAGCCGUAAACGGACGUGGACGGAAGGUCGACAAUUAAAUGCCUAUGAAAGUGACACUUUGACAUCAGGGACGGAUCAGUAUGAGGAUCGUUCAGAAGGUGGUGAAGUGAUUGAAAAAGAAAUGAAACGGUUGCGCGUGGCUUACAAUUAUGACGGAGCACAUGGAAGAGUACGAUGGGCAGGUGAAGUGAUUGCAAUGGAUACGGACAUGGAGAUAUCUCGAGCUAAAGCUGUUCGUAGCACUUACGCUGAGGCAAAUGCGAUGCUACGAGAGUUUCACUAUCUACGACAAUUGCGCAAGUUUCAAGCAGAAAGAGGACGAGCUCGAGCAAAUUACGUGGUGAAUGAAGUUAGCAGUACUAGUCCAGUGUUCACGGAGUCAAGCGAUAUGAAUUGGGACUGA